AUUUUCAUAACACCCUUUUCAUUUUUCCUAGCCCAAAAAAAUUUUCCCACCUUUCUUUUACUUCUUCUUCAUUUUCUAGUGAUCUUAUAUAAGAAAAAAAAAAUAGCUUAAUUAUUUGAUACCCUUAUUUGAUUAGUCUUCUUUGAUUACUCAUUAUUUGGGAAGAAUUUAGAUUUUCUAGGUACUCUUUUAAAUUUGGUGUUGAAAUCCAUCUAUCGUUUGUCCAAAGAUUAGCUGGGUAUUGGAAAUUGUCGGAGUUAUUAGUUGAUCAAAUUACUCAAUUGCUGAAAAAGAGGUAUUUGUUAAGAAUUAAGGAGAAAUUUUGCAAAAAUUUUGGAACUUUUUUCUAUUGUCCUAGGAUUGGUAAAGUGUUAGGCAAAAAUGGAAAACAUGAGUAGUGUUCUUGCUGGUGAUCAAGAACCAAUGGACUUACCACCCGGAUUCCGAUUUCACCCGACCGACGAGGAGUUGAUCAGUCAUUACUUAGCACCUAAAGUUAUUGACAUCAAUUUCUCAGCUAGAGCUAUUGGAGAGGUUGAUUUGAACAAGUGUGAACCUUGGGACUUACCAAAGCGGGCGAAAAUGGGAGAAAAGGAAUGGUAUUUCUUCUGUGUUAGGGACAGAAAAUACCCAACUGGAUUACGAACAAAUAGGGCUACUGAGGCUGGCUAUUGGAAAGCAACAGGAAAAGACAAGGAAAUUUAUAGGGGAAAAUCUCUUGUUGGUAUGAAGAAAACCUUGGUUUUCUACAAGGGCCGAGCCCCGAAAGGCCAGAAGUCGAAUUGGGUGAUGCAUGAAUAUAGACUUGAGGGCAAAUCAUCUCUUCAAAACCUACCUUCAAAUGCAAAGAAUGAGUGGGUGAUCUGUAGGGUUUUCCAAAAGAGUGCAGCAGGAAAGAAAAUUCCUUUCCCUGGACUAAUACCACCGGACUCGUUUGGGGCCGAGUUUAACCCUUCGAGUAUUCUGCCACCAUUGAUGGAUUCAUCACCUUACAACACUAACUAUGGUGCUCCUCACGUGUCCUGCUUCUCCAAUCCCAUGGAAACUACAGCUCAAACAAGCCAUUAUCAUAACACUAAUCAACAACCCUCCUUUGAUGGGCUAAUAAACAAUAAUCCUUACAAUUCGAUUCCCUCGAAUCCGAGUGAUAAUCUUUAUUUUAGGUUUGGAAGUGGCAAUAAUAAUUCUUAUUACCCUUCUUCUCAACCAGGCCAUUAUUCAGGGAAUUACAUGAUGUCAGAACAACAUAUUCUCAAGGCUAUACUUGAGAACCAUGGAACAGAGAUGAAACAGAGCAUGAAAACAGAGGUGGUAAAUUACAGUGCUUCACAAGAUACUGGUUUAAGCAGUGACAUGAAUGCUGAAAUCUCGUCUGUUGUAUCGAAUUACGACAUGAGUCGGAGGCCAUUCGAUGAUCCUGAUGGACCUUCGACGUCCGGUGGACCUGUAGAUUUGGAUACUCUAUGGAAUUACUGAAGAAAAAAAUUUACAGCAGGAGGUGAUCAUAGAUGAAAUUAGGAGGGAAAAAAUGAAAAAGAAAAAAAAAAGUCUCAAUUUUCUAUUACCUUACUGAAUUAUUAAGGGUUUGUAAUAGUUUGAUGUAUAGAAUUUACUGAAUCCAAUUAAGGAUACAGAUCAAAUAUACAAUAUAUUCUGUAUUAUAAUUAUAUAGUUAGUAGCAUACAAUAUGACAAUUCUUAGUCUUAAUUUCUUUUUUAAUAUCUUGAUUUGGUUGUUAGUCUUCUGGAUGUAAUUUGUUAGAAUUGAUUUAUUGAAGGUUAGUGACAUACUGAUUCACAUUAGUACAGUUUCAGCAGUUUGUUUUUAU